GACGCGCGACGCUGCCUGAGCCCCAACGGCUGCCACGAAGGAUAGUUGGGCGCGAGCGGGCGAGCGCGCACGCGGGAGGAGGGGAGGGAAGGGGGCUCUGUGGCGGGCUGGGAGGAAGAGCUGCGGGUUGGGAGCCGCCGAGGAAUCCUCACAUCCGAACAGCGGCCGUUAAAAUAAUAAUAAUACAGUAAUGGACCGAGGCCCGACAGCUGAGUCUGCGCCUGCGCCGAACGUCCUGCGUGAUGCGCACGCAGCCUUUCGGGAGAGACGGUACGAAAGGGCGGAAGAGCUGUACAGUAGCUACAUCGAGUACUGCGCAUGCGCUGGCAGUCAUGAUCUGGCAACAGCAUUUAACAACAGGGGACAGAUCAAGUAUUUGAAAGUUGACUUCUAUGAAGCAAUGGAGGAUUAUACAUCAGCUAUAGAAGCCUGGCCUGAAUUUGAAGUCCCAUACUAUAACAGAGGAUUAAUAUUAUAUAGGCUAGGUUUCUUUGAUGAAGCCAUGAAGGACUUCAACAAGGUCUUGGAGCUAAACCCUAAGUUCGAAGAUGCUUCUCUGAGCUUAAAGCAGACUAUUCUUGAUAAAGAAGAAAAGCUAAAAAUAAACUAUUGAAAUCCUACUCCAGAUGAACUUGGAUGAAUUUGAGAUUGGAUCACCUGGUAAUAGGAACACACAUUUUCUCUGCCUUAGGUUCCCCACCCCACUCCACUAUGUUAAUUUGUUAAAUUUAAAGUCAGUUAAUUUGAAGUGUAACCAGUUUGUACUGUGGAUGUUUUCUAGUGAGAGCAGAUUAUUUUAUUAACCUUGUCUCAGGUUCUGUUCAUUGGAGAUACUGGAACCAAGGGUGGGUAACCUUUUCUCUCCCAAGACAAGCAUUAAAUCCCUUCAGGGGCCACAUUCAUUUAAGGAUUUUGCAUAGUAUGAAACAAUCUGCCACACCUAUGACAUUAGACAAAUGCGACAAACAAGUCACAUUGGCUCUUACAAGCAGGUUUAAUAAUCAUUGCGUAAAGCCUUCAUAGAUUGAUUCGUAGGGGGAUUGCGAAACAAAAAAAAAACCCCCUACAUUUUAAUAAUAUAUUUCCAACGGAAAAGAGCCUGCUGAG